AAGUUUCAGAGAGUUCAAAGCCAUGGAUCGUUUGGUAUAUGAGGCGGCAACAUCCGGCGAUGUGGGUUUGUUCAGAAGGAUUAAAGAUGGUGAUGAAUUACCAGAUGUUCUUUAUAAGAAAACACCCAAAGACAACAAUGUUCUUCACAUUGCAGCUGAAUUCAAGCAAAUAAAAUUCUUCAAUGACAUCCCACUUGAAUAUGGAUCUUCACUGUUUUGGGCCACCAACAAGAAGGGUGACACUCCACUGCACGUUGCUGCCAAAGUAGGAUGUGUUGAAGUAGUUGAGUUCCUCAUUGAACAUGCAAGGAAAUCGCUUCAUCACAUGGAAAGAGGUGACGAGGAGAGAGGACCAGCUGAUGGUGAAUCUCAAAACAAGUUACUCCAAGUGAAAAACUCGGAUAACGACACAACGUUGCAUCUUGCUGUUCGAUACAAUCACGAUGAAGUUGCGAUUCGGUUAAUGGAAGCCGAUCCUCAAUUGUGUUGUUUCACUAAUAAGGCAAAUGAGUCGCCCUUGUUCCUAGCUGUUAGAAAAGGCACUCCAAGCAUUGUUCAUUGUAUUUUGAAGGCGUACGAGUCUGGCGUUUCUCCUUCUUUUCAGGGGACAAACGGAUUGACAGCUUUGCAUGCCGCAGUGACUCAGGAACAACUCAAAGACAAAGACGUUGUGGAGAUUCUGGUGUCCAAAAAUCGAGACCUAAUCAAAGAAGUUGAUGCUAUUGGAUGGACUCCCUUGCACUACGCAGCAUUCACAGGGAACGUUGAAGCUACUCAACUACUGAUGGAAUCUGAUAGUUCUGCUUCUUAUAUCAUGGACUUAUCAUCGAAAAUGUCAGCUCUCCAUGUUGCAGCCUAUGCAGGCCACACCAAAGUCAUGGAAGAGUUAAUUCGAUAUCAACCUGAUACUUGCGAUUUGGUUAAUUCAAAGGGCCAAACGGUUCUUCAUUCUGCAAUUUUAGGUGGACAAGGCAAGGUGGUUAACUACAUAUUAAGGACGCCUAAACUUACGGGACUUAUUAAUGAAGCUGAUGAAGACGGAAACACUCCUUUGCAUAUCGCUGUUAAGUACAAGAAAGUAGAAAUUAUCUCCAUUUUGACGGCCGACCAUAGAGUAGUGGACAAGGCUGCUGUCAAUAAAAAGGUCUCAAAAGCCAUUGAUAUUUUUCUUGGUCAAAAUAGUGAAGAACAGGGAACUAUUGACAGUACGGUUUUGCACCAGUUCGGGUCCUGCGUGGGUGAUCCAUUUCUCCAACAAAAAAUCAGCAAUGAUUUCAACAAACCGGACACAUCGGCCAUUGAACACGAGAGGCAAAAGUCGCUAUCUAAUUUCAAUCUAGUGGUGACAACGCUUAUCGGAACCGUCACUUUUACAGCAGCUAUAACCCCUCCAGGUGGAUUUAAAAGCGACGGAAAGCUGGUUCUAUCGGACGAUCCAUUUUUCCAAGUAUUUCAGAUUUUCAACUUCGGAUCCUUCAUGAUCGCAAUGCUUGCGAUCUGUAACGAAUCAACUCUAGUACGUUUAAUGCCAAUCCAAAUAACCACACCUGCAGUUCUCGUUCAGUAUUCCAUCGGAUCGUUGCUGGUAGCAUUUGGGUCGGCCACGAUGGCAGUGACGCCCAAACACCAAAGAAAAGCUCCACCUAAAAACCCCAUUGCUUUUAUUCUGUCUAUAAUUGGUAUGUUGGGGUUGCUACUUGUUCUGAUCGCAGCGUAUAUGACUAUAAUUCAAAAAUUGAGGGAGAAAUACAUGGCACAUCGUUCUUUAAGUGAUUUAUGGAGAAAUACAUGGAAGAUGUUUAUCUUAAAAAUUACUUAA